GCAUCUUUCAAAAAGUAGGAAUAUGAUUAAACAUUAAAGGUUUUAUGCAAUUACGGUGCACCUUCCAAAAUGGCAAUAACAUUUAAAGUAUAGUGUUAUAAAAAUGAAAAGUUACUCCACUGUUUUGAAUUAAGUUAUCUCGGAGAAUAAUACCACGUCUUGUUCCUAACUUGCAAUUGUAAAGAAUUGUUCUUUCCUUCUAUUCUGAAAACUUUAAGCUUAGUUCUUUCCUUCUAUUCUUAAAAUUUGAUUACUUUGAUCUUGUUUGAGAUCAUGGCUGGAGUUCUUGUUGGUGGAGCUUUUCUGUCUGGCUUCAUUAAUGUUGUCUUGGACAGGCUCAUUUCUGCUGAUGCUGUCAAAUUGGUUGCGGGCAAGAAGCUUAGCUCUGACUUGGUUGAGAGGCUGAGGAAUGCUCUCAUGGAUGCUGGAGCUCUUGCUGAUGAUGCAGAGCUCAAGCAACUGGAUAACCAUGAUGUGAAGGGUGGCUCAACUCUCUCCGAGAUGCUCUUUACACUGCUGAUGACUUGCUGGACCGCGUCUGCACCAAAGCUGCAACUCAAAAGGUCACUCUCUUGGGUAGAAUCUUCAAUUCUGAAGAUAGGCAGAUGGUGAAUGAGAUAGAAAGGGUGGUUAGAAGGAUAGAAGAUCUUGAGAAACGCAAAGGAAAGCUUGGGCUUGAAAAGAUUUCCACUGCUAGCUUCUCCUGGAAAACUCCAUCCACUUCUCUUGUAAAAGGGAAUGUGUAUGGCAGGGAGGAUGACAAGAAGGCCUUAAUCAAGAUGCUGAAUGACAACAAUGAGCAUCACCUCUCUGUCAUCUCUAUUGUUGGCAUGGGUGGUGUUGGUAAAACUACUUUGGCUCAAUGGAUGUACAAUAAUGCAGAGUUGAUGGUGGGAUUUGAUCGGAAAGCAUGGGUUUGCAUUUCGGAAAACUUCAAUAUUGUUGAGACUACAAAGAAUAUUGUAAAAGAGAUCUCUACAGAUACACAGGAUCUUGACAGCUUCAAUUCAAUUCAAGAUGCUUUGAAGAAAGAAUUGUCUGAAAAGAAGUUCUUUGUUGUUUUGGAUGAUGUUUGGAGUAAUGAUCAUCUUCAAUGGAAGGAUUUUCUCGCCCCUUUUCAAUAUGGGGUUAAGGGAAGUACUAUUCUUCUAACUACUCGCAAGGAAGAUGUUGGUUCAGUUGUCCAAACAAAUUACCACCCUCACUAUCUCAAUCCAUUAUCAGAAGACUAUUGCUGGUCGGUGUUUGCUGCCAAUGCUUCUUUUCCAGAAUCAAAUGGAAGCCCAACACUAGAAGGAAUAGGCAAAAGGAUUGCGAGGAAGUGUGACGGUUUGCCAUUAGCAGCGGAAACACUUGGUUGCUUGUGCAGAAGGCAUGAUGCUGAGGAAUGGGAAAAAAUCUUAAGGAGUGAUAUUUGGAGAUUUUCUACAAAUGACAGUAAGAUUAUUCCAGCAUUGUUAAUUAGUUAUUUUCACCUUCCUGCACAUUUGAAACGUUGUUUUGUUUAUUGUGCACUGUAUCCGAAAGAUUAUCUUUUGGAUAAAGAUGAACUAAUUUUGCUAUGGAUGGCCGAAGAUCUUUUAAGGCUACCAAAUAGAGGAGAGAGUUUUGAAGAAGUUGGUAGCAAAUAUUUUGAACAAUUAGCUUCCAGAUUAUUUUUUAAACCAAGUAAGUACAAUUUUAAGAGAUUUGUGAUGCAUGAUCUCUUGCAUGACUUGGCACUAUUCCUUGCUGGAGACUUCUAUGAUAGAAUAGAAGAGCUUGGUGGACAAGAAAAGAAGAAGGUUCUCACUCGUCAUUUGUCACAUUUCCCACUUCGAAGCUUAUGUCCUCCAAUCACAAAAGUCUCUAACUCCAUUGCGAAAUUGGAAUCUUUGAGGACAUCGUUGUAUAUCGAUGAUUUGUUAAGCAUGGAAAGCGGAGAAUCAAAGUUUAAAUACUUGAGAGUUUUAUCCUUUCAUAAACUUGAUGUAUUACCUGAUUCAAUAGGUGAAUUGAUUCAUCUACGGUAUUUGAAUCUCUCUUGGUGUAACAUUAAUAGGUUGCCGGAAUCGUUGUGCAACUUGUAUAAUCUACAAACAUUAAUAUUGUAUGGAUGUACUAAGCUGACCAUGUUGCCCAGUGGCAUGCAUAAUCUUGUGAAUUUACGGCAUCUGGAUCUUAGGGGAACUUCUUUGGAAGAAAUGCCUAGAGGAAUAAGUAAAUUGAAACACAUGCCUAUUUUAGAUUACUUUGUGGUGGGCAAGCACAAAGACAAUGGAAUCCAGGAAUUAGGAGAGAUGUCAAAUCUUCAAGGUUCAUUUGAGAUUAGGAAGUUGGAGAAUAUUGUGGAUGUGAAAGAAGCAGAGAAUGCAAGAAUGAUAAACAAGAAUCUCAUCAGCAAAUUAUACUUGGGGUGGUCUUUAGGUGGUGAUAUGGUUUCAAAUACACAAACUGAGAGAGAGAUACUCCACAGCUUGGAACCGCACAAUGGCUUGAAAGAGUUGACAAUAAGGGGAUACAGGGGUACAAUAUUUCCAGAUUGGUUGGGGCACUGUUCUUACAACAUUAUGACACAUGUAUCUCUAGAGUCUUGCAACAAUUGCUGCAUGCUGCCUUCACUUGGACAGCUACCAUCUCUUAAGUCCCUCUACAUCCAAGAUUUCGGUCAGCUCAGCAGCAUUGGAAUUGAGUUUUACAAGGAUGAAGACAAUCCUUCUCUGCAUAUUGCUCCUCCUUUUCCCUUGUUGGAGAUUUUGACAUUUGAUAAAAUGGCAUGCUGGGAGGAGUGGCACUUACCUGACUCAAAAGCUUUUCCUCACCUUAAGAGUCUUCUAAUAACUGAUUGUCCAAUGUUAAAGGGAGAUAUGCUCAGUCAUGUAUUAAUGAGAAUUGUUUCUUCCUCAAUGGAUGUUUCAAAAGUUCUCAAACUGAAAAUACAACAACAUGACAAAGGAGGGUUUCUAAAGAUGCUACUUUAUGGGGAUACUUUAUCAUUUAGCGGUUGUGAAUCUAUGGUGGAGUCUGCAAUUAAGGCAAUGACGAGCAUCAACCAUCUAAGUUGCCUCCAAGAAAUAGAAAUCUCAGAGAGUUCAUCACUGAUCUCGUUGUCGUUGGAUGCCUUUCCCAAUCUCAAAGUUCUCGAGAUAAAAGGAUGUUCAAAUCUGGAAUCAGUUUCAAUGUCAGAGCCACCAUCUAAAUCUCUGCAGAAUCUGAGAAUCAUAAAAUGCAGAAAACUGGAAUUUCUUCAACAACAGCACAAGUAUGAUUUGGUAGGCCUAUAUAUGUUUGACAGCUGUGAUUCACUGACCUCAUUGUCGUUGGAUGCCUUUCCCAAUCUCAAGAAUCUAGAGAUAUUUUGGUGUAGGAAUCUGGAAUCAGUGUCAAUGUCAGAGACACCACACGCUGCUCUUCAACGUCUCUCCAUCGCUUUCUGCAACAAAUUAGUGUCAUUAGCAGGAGAAGGACAGGCUGCACCCAACUUGACUCAUCCAAGCCUCAUAGAAUGCUCCAAGUUGGAGGCAUUACCACGUGACAUGAAUAGUCUAUUCCCAAGUCUACACUCUCCACAUAUAUUGCCCAAACAUUUGCAGGUUGGCAGAGGGUGAUUUGCCGCCUAACUUGAAAGUACUUGAAGUGGGAAUUUGCGAGGAACAAAUGAGGGAUCUAUCAUGGAUGGCCAACUUGCACGCCCUCACUCGUCUUAUUAUUAAUGGUUCUUGGUGUAAGAGCAUAAAGUCAUACCCAGAGGUUGGUUCGCUGCCUCACCUUCCCUCCCUUACCACUCUUGUGAUAUGGCGCUUCCAUAAUCUGGAGACAUUGGAGUGCAACAAGCUUCUCCGCCUCACCUCCCUCCGACAAUUGCACAUUUCAUACUGUUGGAAGCUGGAGAAUAUGGAAGGAGAAAAGCUGCCUCCCUCUCUCUUGCUACUUAAAGUUUAUCACUGUCAUUUGCUGGGAGAACACUGCAGGAACAAGCAUCAACAAAUUUGGCCUAAAAUUUCCCACAUCCCCACCAUUAAAGUCAAUGGAGAACAAAUGUUCUGAAUAGAGAUUUCUGAAGAGGUAGAUUGUAAUGAAGUAAAAGUCCCCAAAUGGCGGAGAUUUCAUCUUAUACAAGGUUUGAGCUUCACGUAAAAGUUCACAAAUGUUCGAGAUUUCAUUGCACAUGUAUAUCUAUAUGUAUAUGGAGAUGUAAACUGGAUUAAUGUGUUGGGAAGCAAUAGUGUUUUCUGAUUUCAGCAUCCAUGUUAAUUGGUAUCUACACUAGUUUAAAUUAAUGACUGAAGUGUAUCAUAUCCACACUACAUGUGGACUUGCUUGGAUUAUUCAAUCCAAUGCUUUGGCUAUCAAUAGCAGUCAUGUUUGAACUUUGAACCAAUAUGUUAAACAAAUGAAAUGAGUUUCAAUAUCCAAAAGGAUUGUAUCAAA